AUGUCCUCGACUCCUACUACCGCGUCCCCCCGUCGUCGUCGUCGUAGUGGGCAAUCCACCGUCUGCACCAGCACAAAUGCAGAUGUCCAUGACGGCAUGCUGGAAGAGAAGGCAGUUGGAGUGGUGAGGGGCAGCCAGGUACCCGACGACUGGAAGGCAGAGUGGUACAUGUCACGCAGCACCAGGCACGAUAGCCGGCAGACAGCUGCCGCCGCACUCAACCAGGCUGGUGGCUGA